GGGCCUGGCAAGCGGAACUGUGAGGCAAAGCUAAGAGGUGCACCCGGAAGCCAUAAACACUACACCCGGAAGUCUUUUAGGCAAUAAGAAGCUACGCCACCGGAACCUUCGAUACUAUGGGCCGAAACAAGAAGAAAAAAAGAGGUAGCGACGACCGGCGACCCCGACUCGUCCUCACCUUUGAUGAAGAGAAACGGCGGGAAUACCUGACCGGCUUCCACAAGCGGAAGGUGGAACGGAAGAAGGCAGCCAUCGAGGAGAUUAAGCAUCGGCUGAAAGAAGAGCAGAAGAAGCUCCGGGAGGAGCGCCACCAGGAAUACUUGAAGAUGCUGGCGGAGAGAGAGGAAGCGCUGGAGGAGGCAGAUGAGCUGGACCACAUGGUGACGGCCAAGACCGAGUCAAUGCAGUACGACCACCCCAACCACACAGUUACCGUGACCACUAUCAGCGACCUGGACCUCUCAGGGGCCCAGCUGCUUGGACUGCUGCAGCCUGAGCAAGGUGCUGAGGACCAGCCAAAGGAGGAGGCGUCGUCUGUGGAGAAGCCAACCAAAGCCUUACCCAGGAAGUCCAAAGACCCCCUGCUGUCUCAGCGGAUCUCCAACCUCACAGCAUCACUGCACGCGCACAGCUGCAAAAAGGUGAAGCGGAAACAUCCCCGGCAGGCCCAGAACUCCACCAAAAAGCCCCCGAGUGCCACUCGCACCACCAAGACCCAGCGCCGCCGACUGACUGGCCGGGCACGGCACAGCGCGGAGUGAGCCUCAAGCCCCAGGGGUGUCACAGCGUGGCUGUCCCUGUAACCCAGCCACAUGAAGUGGUGACCCCAUGGCCUGAGCCUGGGAAGCCAGGACCUCCCUGUCCUAGACUGUUGGCCAUCUGUGCUCAAGGCCACCUGAGUGUGAACCCCACAUGGGGAGCGUCCCCAGAGGGCGCCUGCAGAGCCAUCUUGGUGUCUCUUCUAGUCAUUGCACCAGGGACACAGACUGGGGACACAACACGUGUGUGCAUGUGUCUUGUUUGUCCUUGGCCUUGACACCAUGUACCAUGGGCAGGCUCUGGGUGAUGGAAAUGUCGGGGGCUGAGGGUCCAUCUCAGUUUCCAGUAGUUUCCCUGAAGGGACAGUGAGGUCAUUUUGGAACCCAGAGUCCACUUGCUGCUCUGGAAAGCGGGUGAUGGGCACAGAAUGCAAGGCCCCUGGGCCUGGCCUCACAGCUCUGGCCUUUCUGUCCCUGGUACCUCCUUGUCCUCCGCUCAAUGUCAGGAAGAUGACAGGAGGCUGAGAUGGGACUCUGGGCAGCACCUACCUCCCACAGCACUGGGACCCCUGGCCACACCCCUUCUAGACUCUCCAGUGUCAUUCACUCAGGGACAUUGGGGCUGUCGUGUUUAUUAAAUCUCAUCUUCUA